AUGCCAACCGGAGACUACAAGAGCAGGUUGGCGGAUAUAGCCAGCAGCGAAAAGAGUGAUGCUGAAUGUGAGACCAUUCCCACGCUAUAUUCUGUGUGUAGUCGGAAUACUUACGACAUUUUAGAUGACGAAGAAUUCCUCAAAAGGUCUAUUGUUCGAGAUGACAACAAGAGCAUUGUUGAUGGUGUAAUACCUGGCAGUGUCUGGACAAACGCCAGACCUCCUCCUGCUGAACCUUCCACCAAGAUUAUCCACAGUAUCGAAGAUCUAAAUUCCCAGGUUGAAACCAAUCAACAAUUUCGACAGAACGAAGUUAUGAACGAUACCAAACGAGAGGCCAUGCAUGCUCAAGCUGGAGGCAAAGCGACUUCUUCCAGUUUUAGACAGCGAUCAGAGAAGCAAACAUACAACUAUCUCCUCCCGCACAAGAGGAUAGCAGAAAAGAUACAUGAAAGUAAUCGAUCACCCAGUAAAUGCAUUCGCAAUAUCUCUAGUGGAUCCAUCGACCGCUUCCGAGAUAAGGUCAAUAUAAAUGCUGAAAAACUGGCUUUGACCUAUACAAAUUUACGUCAGAGCCAAGCUAAAGACGGAGCUACCGAUGAAAUCUCAAAGGAGGUCACUACCAGCGCUAUUUAUCCAGGAAGCCCAACUGAAGUAGCAACUGAGGACGGAAACAGAGGUGAAUUAGGAAGUAUCCGAGAUAAUGAGCAUCAGCAAAAUUCACCAGCCUCUGGAAUCCAAUCAGACACAGAAGACAAGUGUAUACCUAUCAUAUUUCCUGUCAUCCCUGUUCUGGGAAAUGCGUUGAACGUAGGAGAAAGAAUCUUACCUCCAUCAGCCAGUCAAGAUGCCUUCAAUAGCGUCAAAGAUGCUAGAAUAAAUGGCAAAUUGAACUUCGAAAGCCGUGUGUCUGAGACAGAACAAACUCAAUGUGCUCCCUUCAAUAGUACAGCAUCGUCACAUAGCACAAAAGACCUAUCUCAGCGAUUUCUCCAAGAUCAAAAACGCAAGCGAUAUCCUAUCUCAACGUCAGCACGCCGUGAAACCAUUUUUUCACAAAAUGCUAGACCCAAACCCCAAGCUCGCUCUGCGAAAGUUAACAGGAGUCGAAAGUCGGUCGUACCCAUCAUUCGUAAGUACCGCCAUCUAGACUCAUCACGCUCAUACUUACAUGACUAG